UAGGGAGGGGAUUGUAAUUUCUAAAAUGUGAGGGGUGUCAAUGUAGUUUACCCAGUGAGGGCCAAAUUGAUAUUUAAAAAAAUUAAAUUGCUGAGGGGAAGAAUCUGUAAUGAAACUUCCCCCCUCACCUUUGGGAAAUUACAUCCCCUCCCUGAGGUUUAAAGUUUCUUUACAGAUUGUCUCCUGAGGUUUAAAGUUUCAUUACAGAUUGUCUCCUGAGAUUUAAAGUUGCAUAACAGGUCCCCCCUCAUCGUAAUGAUCAUCAUACAUAAAAUUAAAUUAACAGGGGGCCAGUGUAAUUUUCCAAAUGUAGGGGGAGAACUGUAAUAAAUACAAAGCUCAGAUGGUGUCAGUGUAAUUUAUCCUAAUUUUUUAACUAAUAAGUUUUAAAAGAAGAAUCAUCCAAAUUAUGAAAAUUAGGAUAGAUUAGGAUAUUUGUUUCAAAAAAAUUAGGAUACUCCGCGGAUCACUCUCCCUCCGUAUGGCACCACUUCAUUCAUGUAUAGUUUCGUUGCCUUUUGGUGAUACCACUACCACCUUUUACCUAAUUCUCUUUCACAACACACAACAGUGUUUGACGCCAUUACACACAGUCUCUCUCUCUCUCUCUCUCUCUCUCAAACAUGAAUAAGGUUUUUGCUGCGUUUUGGUACUCCAACAUCCUCCGCCGCCUCUUUUGCACCGACCCCACCACCACCAUCCCAACCACCACCACCACCACCACCACCUUUGAAAACCAUGAGAGCCUCUCACAGCCUCAAUCCGCCAAGAAAGCUAAGAUAGCAGGGAUGAAAGCGAAACAACAACAAAAUCAAUCUUUUGAGAAGGAGUUGCAAUUAAUGCUUCAACAGUUGAGGAUCGAGAAGGAGCAAACUGAGGAGCUAUUGAAGGCAAGAGAGGAGACUUUGAAGAUGAAGGAGGAGGAGCUUGAAGCAAGGGGCAAAGAGCGAGAAAAGCUUCAGAAAGAGCUCAAGAAGUUGCAGAAAAUGAAAGAGUUCAAACCCACCAUGAACAGAGAGAGAGCUAGAAAAGAAAGACAGAAGAAAGGUUGCCCUCAAAUCACAUGGCUCAAAGAUCACUGGAGGAAGAGCAAGAAAGAAAAGGAUCAGCAACCAAUGUCUGCGUUUUUGGCGUUCACAACUGAAGCCAUGAAGCUGUUGGAGGAAGAGCAGUAUCUUCAGUUGAAAGAGAAAGAAAAGGAUCCAUUGAAACCGAAGCAACCAAUGUCUGCGUUUUUAAUGUUAAAAAAUGAGCGAAGAGCAGCUCUGCUUGCAGAGAGCAAGGGUGUCUGGGAGGUUGGAGAGAUCAUAGGUGGAGAAUGGAAUAACAUGACAUAGAAAUAGAAGAAGCCUUAUGAAAAGAUUGCAAAGCAAAACAAGGAAAAGUAUUUGGAAGAAAUGGAGGCUUACAAGCAGAGGAAGGAGGAAGAGUCUGCCAAUCU